AUGGCCACCAUGAACCCAGAAUACGACUAUCUCUUCAAGUUGCUCCUCAUCGGUGAUUCGGGUGUCGGAAAGUCGUGUCUUCUUUUGCGGUUUGCUGAUGACACAUACACUGAAAGCUACAUUUCGACUAUUGGUGUUGAUUUCAAAAUCAGGACAAUUGAACUUGAUGGCAAGACGAUCAAGCUCCAGAUUUGGGACACUGCCGGUCAAGAGCGUUUCCGUACAAUCACUUCAUCUUAUUAUCGUGGUGCUCAUGGAAUUAUUGUCGUCUAUGAUAUUACGGAUCAGGAGUCUUUCAACAAUGUGAAGCAAUGGUUGCAAGAGAUCGAUCGAUAUGCUUGCGAGAAUGUGAACAAAUUGCUCGUCGGAAACAAGUGCGACCAAACGGCCAAGCGAGCUGUCGAGACGGCCGCUGCAAAGGAAUACGCCGAUCAACUAUCAAUUCCCUUCUUGGAGACAUCUGCAAAAUCAAGCACUAAUGUUGAACAGGCUUUCCUUACUAUGGCGGCCGAGAUCAAGUCACGGAUGGGUCCUGUGCAAGGCGGAGGUGGUCAACCAGCUGUGAGAAUCACUGGGUCGCAGCCCGUUCAGGACAAGAAAGCCGGAGGAUGCUGU